UGGCGCCGGACGUGUAAACAGCAGUAUAUUGGACUCAGAAUUCCAGAUUGGAAGGUCUUUAAAACACAAAAACUUUAAGUGCAAUUAUGGCCGAGACUCAACAGCAUCCAGAGGAAAUAGGGAACAUGACAACUAACUGCAGCAAUGGGUUACUAAAUAAUGGACCAUCUCAACUUGUGGAAGAAACUGAUACAGGUCAGGCACCGGUGGGUCCAGAUCCAACACAAAAUCAAGGAAUUCCAACUGAGCAUAGAUAUGUGUUCUAUGUUCAUGUAAAACCAGGAGAAACAUUCACUAUUAGGCAGGGUGAUCAAGUACAAACUAUAACUGGUCCUGCCAGUGUUCCAAUAUACUCCAAUACUCCCAACCCACCCAUCAUUCCAGUACAGGGAGGCCAGUAUGUUCAACAAGUCAUACAAGACAGUGAUGGUACUCACAGAAUUAUCUUCACACCACCUGGCCCCGGUGGACAGUUACCGCCUCACAUGGCACCACAGAUGUAUCCUCACCCAGGAGGAGCGAUGUACCCACACAUGAUGCCACCAUCAGGAGGAGGUAUGCCUCCCCAUAUGUACCCACAAAUGGUUGGUCCAGGUGAUGGUAGUGGUGUGCCACCUCAUCUGCAUCCUCAUAUGUAUGCCUAUCCACAGCCUGCUCCACCUCAAUGUAAUAGCCCAGAACUUAAUCACAACUCAGUUUAUGGUCACGAACCACAACAGAGGCCACCAAUACACCGAACCAGACCAAGGGAUGAUAGGACAGAUAGACAGAGAGACAGAUUACAGAGAAAGCUUAGAGAUAGACAAAAAGAAAAUUUAAACACGCCCAUGAACUGUAAUCACAUCCCCCAUAAAAGCCCAUCAACAUCACCUUUAACUACAGAAAAUGGAAUAAGUCGAUCAAAUGGUAGAAGUAAAAGGUACAAUGGUAUUGAAAAUGAUAUUGGAGAUGAUCCAGAAGUAAAACGAAGGCGAGAAUGCUUAUCCAGUAUUCAGCCACCUGUAACCUCCAACAUUCAAACAAGAAGUGUAACAGUCAGGUGGUCACCUCCGUUCCUGGAAAGUUCAGAUGAAGAGAGUGGCCAAGACGAACCAAUUGAUCCUUUACCAUUACUCUAUGAACUCUUAUUGAUGGAGAAAGUUAGAGAUGGUAAAUGGAGGACAAUCUACAGUGGAGCUGAAAUGGAGUUUGUUAUAGCUGAUCUUAAGCCUGCCACAGAGUAUCAGUUGAGUGUAUGUGCAAUAUGGGAAGACAUACGAGGAUCACUGUCCAAAUCGAUAUCUUUUAGAACGUUAAACUGUGCACCAGCAAUUCCAGCACCGCCAAAAUUAGGUCAACGUUCUAAAAACAGCAUAUCAGUGAAAUGGAAUGCACCAUGUGACAAUGGUUCCAAAAUUCUUAGUUAUACAUUGCAGUGUGAUAUGGGAGAGAAGGAUAGCAAUUUUGUAGAAGUAUUCAAAGGGACACAGAAACUGUACAGACUAACUAAACUUCAACCUUCAAUGCCUUAUACGUUUAGACUAGCUGCAACUAAUGAAAUUGGUACAAGUGAAUUUAGCCCGACAGCUAGUUACUACACCGCUGGCAGUGUACCCCAGCAACCAUCACCCCCUCAACUUGUUGAAGCAGCUGUUCGUUCUCUCACAUUGGCCUGGGAGAAAGCUGCUGAUGAUAUUACUAGUUUUACUUUGGAAAUGGAAGAUGUGACAAAUCGGUAUGGAUUCCAACCGAUUUUUUGUGGUGAUGAAAUUUCUUAUACUUGUAAUAGCCUUGUCAGAAAAACUUUAUAUAAAUUUAGGUUAUGUGCCAUAAACGAUCAAGGUAACAGUCCAUGGAGUGAAGCUAUCAGUUUUAUUACAGUUGCUGAUAAGCCUGGUGCCCCAUCAAAACCUACACUCAAAGGAAAAGUACAUUCAAAUCAUUUUAAAGUUACAUGGGAUCGGCCUAAAGAUGAUGGUGGUACUGAGAUAACUGUGUAUAUUCUGGAGAUCAAUGAUGGACAUAUCUUUCAUAAAAUAGAAUGGGAAGUUCUUUUCUACAAUGCAGUAACAUGCUCAGUAGUGCAAAAAUUUAAAACUGGCUUGAACUGCCUUAAUGUGCUACUACAUGGCUCAGUUUCAACUCUAGGUGGCACUGUUUGGAAGAAUGCAGGGAGUCCUUUUUCAGACUAUUUUUAUGUGACAACAGGAGCUGGGCCUCCAGAUGCACCGUUGGAGCCAAGUUGCAUCUGUAAAUCACCACAUAUAGUUAUAGUCAGUUGGUAUACACCAUGUGGUAAUGGUGCUGAAAUUACAGAGUAUAGAUUAGAAUGGGCAACCACUGAAGGCACAUUUACACAUCAUUACAUUGGACCAUUGCUUAGCCAUGAAGUCAAAGGUCUCCAGCCAGCUACAUAUUAUUACUUCAGAGUGCAAGCUGUCAACAGUGCUGGUCCUGGACAGUUCAGUGCUGUUGCAACUUGUGUCACUUCCCCCUCCUCGCCUGGUGCUGUUACACAUUUAGAACUUCUAGCCCACACUGCCAACUCUCUUCGUGUGCAAUGGAAAGAACCCAACAAUUACGGUUCAAAAAUAACCUCUUACAAUGUAGAUAUUGGUGAUAAACAACCGCUUACUGUUGCCAGUAAUGUCACUGAAAGGCUAAUUGAGGGACUUGUACCUGAUACAAAAUAUAGGAUACGAGUACAAGCAGUUAACAGCAUUGGUGUUGGGCACUACAGUCCCUCAUUAAAAGUAUACACCUUACCACUACCACCUAAUCCUCCCAAACUAGAAUGUGUCCUACACGGUCAUCAGAGUCUCAAACUCAAAUGGGGAGAGAAUUCCAAAUCAAUUGAUGCCAAACUACUCAAUUACACAUUGCAAAUGGAAGACAGAAAAGGGAGGUUUAAUAUUGUGUACUCAGGGUCCAGUCUCACCCAUAAAGUCAGUAAACUUAGUGAAUUAACAGAAUAUAAAUUUCGAAUAUUUGCCACUAAUGAAGCUGGUAAUGGACCUAUGUCUGAAAUAUUUAGUACUUCAACUAGCAAAGCUCCUCCUCCAGUACCCAAAGCUGCUAAGGUGAAGAAUAUAACUGAGGAUAGCUGUGAAAUAGUUUGGCAGAGUAUAGAACCAAUGCAGGGUGAUCCCAUAUUAUAUCUUCUACAGUAUCAAAGAACUAAAGAUAGAGAAUAUAAACAGGCAUACAGGGGGGCAGGGACAAGUACUAAAUUGGAUGUGUUGCAUCCAAACAUGGAAUACCGAGUACGCGUUUGUGCCAUACGACAAUCACAAGAUGGUAUGGGAGAUUUGAUUGGUGCAUAUAGUACAGGAACAGUUUUUCAUACUCCCAGUGAUGAGCCAGUCAGGGAGGAGGUUACAAAAGAAGACAAAGUUGUGAAAGUUGAAAGGAAGCCAUUAACUGAUGAACAGUGGGCUGCAAUUAUUGUUGUCGGAUUUGCAAUCUGUGCCAUUUUAAUAGCUCUUUUGGUUGCCCAGUUCAUGGCAUAGCAUAUGGCGGAGGUAUUCUAAUUCAUGACGUACCACAUGGGGAGGUAUACCUAUUCAUGGCAUAGCGCAUGGAGAGGUGCGCCUAUUCAUGGCAUAGCACAUGGGGAGGUAUUCCAAUUCAUGGCAUAGCUCAUGGGGAGGUAGCUCAAUUCAUGGCAUAGCACAUGGGGAGGUAGCUCAAUUAAUGGCAUAGCAAUUAUAAAAAUAUAUGUCUGAGUAUUGUAAGUUGUGUUGUUACAAUCAUUAUUUUAUUUUAUUGGAUGGAAGGGAGAUAUUGGGCGCUUACAUUGAAUGUUAUUUUACCAUAAUCUGUUGGAUAGCUUACACACGUAUAGGAUAUGAAAACCUAAAAAGGGAGAAAGUAUAAGACAGGGCUUGGUCGUUAUUUUAUCAGCAUUUUAUAUUUACUAUAUUACUGAAUUUCUUUGGCCAAAAUUUUAUUUCUCUGUUUGAGACAUGCUAUAUUAAUUAUGAAAUUAUAUUAUAGAUUAUUUUCUGUUGAAUGUUAGUAUUAUUUCAUCACUGGUACUACACUGAAUAUUUAAAUGUUUUUAUUUACUUAAUUAUUAGUUUGGUGUCCUAAAAUAAAAAGUCAUAGUUGAGGGACAUCCCAUAUUAGAACACAAAUAUUAUUACCAUACCAAAAAUAGAUUAUAUCUAUCUUAUUUUGAAUAUUUAUAAAAGAAAAGAUAAAAAAUGAUAUGAAGAGUGUCAUAUCCCCACAUACAGUCGCCAUAUAUAUGUAGGGCAUAAUAUAUAUACUUCUAUAUACUUCUAUUUUAAAGAUUUUGAAAGAGAAAAUUUUUAUGAGGAAAGAAGGGACAACUUUACAUAAAUAUUGGGUCCAAUAAUAGACAUGGCUUAUUUUCACUUGAAUCAUGUGGUAUAUGUGAUGGGCUGAGGACAGUUAUGUUCAUUUAUAAAUUACUUACUGCUAUCUUUUAUUUCUAUUUUGUAUAUUUUAGCUGUUUUUAUUUUGCUAAUUCUCAAUCAAUGGCAGAUUAUUUUAUUAUAUUUUGGAAAAUCCUGAAUGCAUGUGUUACUAUGUUUACUGCAUAAAUCCUAUGCUAUGUUUUCAUAACUAAUUGAAAAGAACUUGCCAACUUCCUACUUCCGUUAUGGUAAUACAUUUUAGUCACCCACCCCAAG